AAAUACACGCGAAAAGGUGUUCUUUUUCAUAUGGGUCCUCCCACAAGUCAGAUACAAUGUCACAUGUGUGGAUCUUUUGAUACAAAUUUGUUCAUGCUAACAUUUUAACUUUAUUUGAGAAGAAACAAAAACAAUUGUCUUUGGUAGAAAACAAAAUGUGUCUAAAAUUUGAGAUGGCGAUUAUUUAUUCGUGUCUUACAGUUUUGAUUUUCUGGACUUAUCCAGCCUCUGGACAAUUUACGGAUUGUGGCGGACAGCUUUCAGCCGAUCCAGCAAGCAAUGGGACACUGACAUCACCAAAUUUCCCUAACAAUUACCCUAACGAUGCAGACUGCACCUGGACAAUUAGAUGCAGCGGAACCGAUCAGAAUGUUACUAUCACGUUCGAUACCUUUAUAUUAGAAGGAGGCGACUGUUUUCUUUAUGACUGGGUCACAAUUGAUAACGGUGAGAACAUUGGAAAUGGUGAUCUUGGACGAUUUUGUGGAAUACUUACAUCGAUCGACGAAAUUGUAAGCCAUGAGAGUGUUGUGACUAUCCAUUUUAGGAGUGACAGCGAAUUUGUCCAAACAGGUUUCAACUUAACAUACACUUGCACUGGGAUAACGGACCCCCCGGCAACGGAUCCCCCGGCAACGGACCCACCGGCAACGGACCCCCCGACAACGGAUCCCCCGGCAACGGACCCACCGGCAACGGAUCCCCCGGCAACGGACCCACCGGCAACGGAUCCCCCAAUUCCUGGGGACUCAGAAAGUGAGGAAUCGGACUCAGAAAGUGAAUCAGAUUCAUGACCAGACGACAGAGAUGACAACAAUAUCCAGAUGACAAUAUAGAACUUAGCUGAAUUUGUGUAUGCUACUAAAGCUUCAAAAUACUUAAUAAAGUAUAAUUGCAUCUU